UUCAUAAUUUUGCUUUCGCCGCUUUCGACAUCCUAUUAUCGAGAAAAAUGGAAGAACUCUAUGACUAUUCUCAACAUAAAUAUUGUAUUGUUAUGGAAUUAAACAAUGACACCAUCGAAUCUAGCACAAUGAUCUUUAAUAGACCUGACACCGCAAGUGAAAAUAAUCCAGACUCGAUCAGUACGUCAAUUUUAUAUGACACUGUAAAGGAAACCAUUAUUGCCAGAGGUGACUUGGCUAAUAAAAAAAACCAGGAUUCAAAAGGACACGGAGAAGGCGUUGUUUAUGUGCGUAACAUUUUUAGCGAGCUCACUGAUGUUGAUUCAAAAUCUGAGCAAAAGUCUGUGCAUCAUGCGAUUCUUCUCCAGGAAGCCUCAUUUGUGUUACAAGACAUACUGUAUUAUCGUAACCAAGAAUUGAAUGGCUCAAAUAUAGACUUUUACUAUGCUUUGAUUCUUCCAACGAGUUGGGAUUAUAGAAUAAGAGAAAAAUUGUUUCGGCCUUUAUUCGUAAGAGCUGGUCUUAUCCUCGGAAAUGAUGGUCAGGGCAGGUUGAUGUUUUUUUCAAAGCUAGAGUCAACUUUUCAAAGUAUGCAGAUACAUCCAAGUCUCGGAAAUACCCUAAAAGUAAAGCUUGGUGAUCAGUAUAUUAUAUGCACACUAGAUAAUCAAAGUACAUGCUCUGUGGAUUUAAAAUUGAUAUCAGCUCAAUAUCCUGCUUUCGCAGUAGAAGGAAGAAAAUUGACCCCACAAUUAUUAAAACAAGUUCGUUUUGAAAUACCUUAUCGAUUAAAGGAAAAACGAUUGUCACUAAUAGCAUGUUUGGAAAAGCAUUGUGGUACUACCUUGCCGUCGGCGUUUAUUGACGUAAUGCUCGAAGCACUCAGUCAAAGGUUAGGAGACUUUGACAGUUCAGUAAGAGUCGAAGGGGGAUUAGAAUUGAAAAGAAAAUUGUUAAAACAGUUUUUUUUAUGUAGGUCCCAAUCAAACCAUUUCAAAGUGUUCUUUUUGACCGGCCAUUUCGACACUUAAAACUACAUCACCUUAGUCUAUUCGGAUUAAAAGGAAAGAGACUCGGUGCUAUUCAAUCAAUCACUUUACAAGACAUACUUAAACAUUUGUCUGGUCCUGCUGAAAAAGUCUUUGAAAAUGAAAUGGAUAAAUUUCUUGCAGGCACGAUCAAUAUCAAAACCAAAUCAAUGCUCAUUUUUUAUACAAGACA